AUGGAAUUGUAUCAUGACUUUAUUUAUGUAUAUGAUACAUUGUAUAAGCUGAAGACUUUCGGCGAAGAAGAAAUUAACAAAAUUUAUCUUGAUAUCAAAAAUUUGCUAAUUGAUACCAAACGCACAAUGCCAGCUCGAAUUCUAACAAUGAUUUCUACUGCAAUGACUUUUAAUGUCAAAUAUAUAAAAUCAUAUAAGGAGAUUUUCAAAAAGAUUUAUACAGAAUAUCAUCCAGUCUUUUCUCGAGGAGAAAUUCAAAGUAUCCCAUAUGUUUUGUGGGCAGAUUUACAAGAUGAGAAUGGUAUUUUAUUAUCAGUGAGAUAUAGUUUUGAAUUCGAAGCAAACAAAACUAAAGAUUAUUCAAUGCAAUUUAUUGAAGAAAAUACGAUUUACAGAGCUAUUAUGUAUGAUGACAAAUUUUCUUUCAUUAAAUUCACGGAAACAGGUAGUUUUAACAAGAAGCAAGUGCUUAAUAGUGAUUUAUAUCCAUCCUCACCUAAUUCAUUGAUUGAGCUAUGUUGUUAUCAUGGAGCUGUUAAUUGUUUUAAAUUGCUAAUUUCAAAAUAUAACUCAACAACUACACGGAAAUGCCUCAAUUAUUCCUUUUUGGGUGGAAAUCCUGACAUUAUUAAUGAAUGUUUGAAAUAUGAGGAGCCAGAUAAAGAAUGCAUGAAAUACGCAACCAUUUCACAUAACAUUGAUUUUGUUACCUUUUUGAUGAAUGAAUUCGAGUUAGAAAUUGAUUUAUAUAAUUGCGCGAUAUAUCACAAUUUUCAGGCAUUUUUAGUUUAUUUGGAUCAAUCAAAAUAUAUUAAUAAAUCCUUUAUUUAUUCAGUUUGUUUUUGUAUUCCUUCUCUAUGUGAAUAUUAUCUUUCGCAUGGUGCUUUUGUUAAUGCAAAAACUGAAUUCGGAAAAACUGCACUUCAUGUUGCAGCAAAAUUUAAUUGCAGGGAAAUAGCAGAAAUUUUGAUUUCACAUUGUGCCGAUGUUAAGAUAAAAGAUAAUAAUGGAUUUACAGUUCUUCAUGAUGCAGCAAGAUUAAAUUAUGGUAAAGAAACUGCAGAAUAUCUUAUUAUGAAUGGUGCUGAUAUUAAUGCAAAAAGUAACAAUGGAUGGACUCCUCUUCAUGUUGCGUCAAAAUUGAAUAACUAUGAAGUAGCAGAACUUCUUAUUUUACAUGGCGCUAAUGUUAAUGUUAAUGCUGAAAAGAGAUAUUCAAUUCUUCAUGCACCAGUAGAUUUUAAUAGCAAAGAAAUAUCCCAACUCCUCAUCUCUUAUGGUGCUGAUGUUAAUGCCAAAGACAUAGAUGAAUGGUCGGUCCUUCAUGCUACAGCAUAUAAAGAUAGUAAAGAAAUAGCUGAAUUCCUUAUCUCUCAUAGUGCCGAUAUUAAUGCUAAAGACAAAGAUGGAUUGUCGGUUCUUCAUGCUGCAGUAAGUAAUAACAGUAAAGAAACAACUGAAUUCCUUAUUUUACAUGGCGCUGAUGUUAAUGCCAGAAGCAAUAAUGGAUUGUCGGUUCUUCGUGCUGCAGCAACCAAUAAAAACAGUAAAGAAAUAAUUAAAUUUCUUAUCUCUCGUGGUGCCGAUAUUAAUAUUAACGACAAAGAUGGAUUGUCGGUUCUUCAUGCUUUAGCAAAAAAUAACAGUAAAGAAAUAGCUGAAUUUCUUGUUUCUCAAGGUGCAGAUAUUAAUGCUAAAAACAAUAGUGGAUGGUCAAUUCUUCAUGCUGCAGCAGAUAAUAACAGCAAAGAAAUAGCAGAAUUCCUUGUCUCUCAUGGUGCUGAUGUUAAUGCAAAAGACAAUAAUGAGAUGUCGGUUCUUUAUGCUGCAGUAUGUAAUAAUAGUAAAGAAAUAGCUGAAUUCCUUAUUUCAUAUGGUGCUGAUGUUAAUGCAAAAGACAGUAAUGGAUGGUCAGUUCUUCAUGCUGCAGCAAAAAAUAAUAACAGUAUAGAAAUAGUAGAAUUCCUUGUCUCUCAAGGUGCUGAUGUUAACGCAAAAGACAUUAAUGGAUGUUCAGCUCUUCAUGCUGCAGCAGAUAAUAACAAUAAAGAAAUAGCUGAAUUCCUUAUUUCACAUGGUGCUAAUGUUAAUGCUAAAAGCAAUAAUGGAUUCACAGCUCUUCACAUUGCAGUAUGUAAUAGUAAUAGCAAAGAAAUAAUUGGAUUUCUUAUCUCUCAUGGUGCUGAUGUUAAUGCUAAACGUAAUGAUGGAUCAUCGGUUCUUCACAUUGCAGUAUGUAAUAGUAAUAGUAAAGAAAUAGUUAAAUUCCUUGUCUCUCAUGGUGCUGAUGUUAAUGCAAAAGACGAUGAUGGAUCGUCAGUACUUCACAUUGCAGCAUGUAACACUAAUAGUAAAGAAAUAGUUGGAUUUCUUGUCUCUCAUGGUGCUGAUGUUAAUGCAAAAGACAAUUUUGGAUGGUCAGUUCUUCAUACGGCAACAAAAAAUAGCAAUAAAGAAAUAGUUGAAUUCCUUAUUUUGCAUGGUGCAGAUGUAAAUGCUAAAGAUGAUAAUAGAUUGUCAAUACUUCAUAUUGCAUCAUUAAAAAAUAGCAAUCAAGAAAUAGUUGAGUUCCUUAUUUCACAUGGUGCUGAUGUUAAUGUUAGAUGCAGUAAUGGAUCGUCAGUACUUCACAUUGCAGCAUGUAACACUAAUAGUAAAGAAAUAGUUGGAUUUCUUGUCUCUCAUGGUGCUGAUGUUAAUGCAAAAGACAAUUUUGGAUGGUCAUCUCUUCAUGCUGCAGCAAAAUUUAACAAUAAAGAAAUAGUUGAAUGCCUUAUUUCGCAUGGUGCUUAUGUUAAUGCAAAAGACAAUGAUGGAUAUUCAGUUCUUCAUACUGCAUUAAAAAAUAACAAUAAAGAAAUAGCUGAAUUCCUUAUUUCACAUGGUGCUGAAUGUUAA